CUUGCACUGGAUGAAAGCAUGAAUAAAUCACGCAACAUGUGUGUGUGUGUGUGUGUGUGUGUGUGAGAGAGAGAGAGAGAGACUGAAGGACAGUUGACAUCAAAGCAGCCAAUCAAGCAGACAGAGAAAGAGACACAGAGAGAGACAUAGAGAGAGAUAUAUACAGAGAAAGAGAGAGCGAGAGACAAAGAGAGAGAGAGAGAUAUUCAGCGCAAUAUACAGAGAAAGAGAGCGAGACAGAGAGAGACAGAUCGAGAAAGAUAUACAGAGAGAGAGAGCAGAAGGAAGCUGCGUAGAAGAGGGGGAGUGUGUGAGACAGAGAGAGUGGUCGAGAGAUAGAGAGAGAGAGAGAAAGAGAGACGGUUAGAGAAGAGAGAGAUCAGCACACACACACACACACUCACACACACACAAUGAGAAGCGCUGAAGCGAGAGCUGCGAUCCGGCUGCAGAACAACAGAGGCUGAAGAUUAGCGUCAGAGCUCUAGGAGAAAUUCAGACAAUGGUCGUCCGUCUCACUCUCCGAAUCCUCCGCUGCCGUGCGUCGCUCUGCCUCAGCGCUCCCCUGCCCCCCUUUCAUCCAGCGACUCCUCGACAGCGUGAGAUAUGAGCUCCAAACACUCGGCGGACUGGAUUCCGUACAGCACCCUGGAUGAUGAGUGCAGUAACCUCCGACAGCAGAAGCUGGACAGACAGCGAGCUCUCCUAGAGCAGAAGCAGAAGAAGAAGCGUCAGGAGCCUCUGAUGGUGCAGUCGAACCUGGACGGUCGCUCUCGGACCCGCAGAACCCGACAGUGUGAGGAGCAGGCGCCGCUCGUCGAGUCCUAUCUCAGCAGCAACAGCAGCACCAUCUACCAUGUACAAGAAGCUGAGCAGGAGGAGGACAAGGCUGUAGCGGAGGUUCAGGUUCCUCGCUCGGCUAAAAAAUCCAAGCCGCUCACGUCGACUCCACAAACGGGCAGCGCCAAGAAGGAGAAAAAGGGCAAACACAAAGGAACUCACGGACCAGCGGCGUUCCAGGACGAGGCCCAGGACCUGAGCAGCCAAAUCCAGAUUCUCACAGUGGGACAUUCCGCUGGACACGACAGCGACACUGAGGUCCAGAGCAAAGCCGCGUCUCAGACUCAGAGCAAGCAGGACCUGCGGGUCACAAUGCUCAAGAAAGGAAUCUCCAGCAGCAUGAAUUUUGAUGAGGAAGAAGAUGAUGAUGAUGAUGAUGAAGUGAGCUCCAGUUCUUCUCAACUCAACAGCAACACCAGACCGGGUUCGGCCACCAGCAAGAAGUCCAGCAAGGAAGCAGCUUCAGCUUCGACUCCGGUGACCAACGAGCCGUCUGUCGAUGUGGGCGAUCUGGAGGAGUUCACCUUGAGGCCGGCGCCGCAGGGCGUGACCAUCAAAUGCAGGAUCACGCGGGAUAAAAAAGGAAUGGACCGGGGCAUGUACCCCACCUACUACCUCCAUCUCGAAAGAGAAGACGGCAAGAAGAUGUUCCUUUUAGCUGGGAGAAAGAGAAAGAAGAGCAAAACAUCCAACUACCUGAUCUCCAUCGACCCCACUGACCUGUCGAGAGGCGGCGAGAGCUUCAUCGGGAAACUCAGGUCGAACCUCAUGGGCACCAAGUUUACAGUUUACGACAGCGGGACGAACCCGGCGAAGAGCACGUCCAGCUUAGAGGCCAGCAACCUGCGUCAGGAGCUAGCAGCUAUCUGCUACGAGACCAACGUGUUGGGGUUUAAAGGCCCUCGGAAGAUGAGCGUCAUUAUCCCGGGAAUGAACAUGGAUCACGAGAGAGUCUGCAUUAGACCACGGAAUGAGCAUGAAACGCUGCUGGCUCGCUGGCAGAACAAGAGCACGGAGAGCGUGAUCGAGCUCCACAACAAGACGCCGGUGUGGAACGAUGACACUCAGUCGUACGUGCUGAACUUCCACGGCAGGGUCACUCAGGCCUCGGUGAAGAAUUUCCAGAUCAUUCACGACAACGACCCGGAUUACAUCGUGAUGCAGUUUGGCCGAGUGGCCGAGGACGUCUUCACUAUGGACUACAACUACCCCAUGUGCGCGCUGCAGGCCUUCGCUAUCGCUCUGUCCAGCUUCGACAGCAAACUGGCCUGCGAGUAACUCUGUGAUCUGAAGACGAGUGGACGUGUGAGAGGACGUCCUGAUUCCCUCAGACGGACUCGGAGACCUGCAGGAGUCCUGAUUUAAUGAAACCCUCUGUGGAGCACACAGGAGCUCAGACUGACCGCACGCCGGACCUGCCAGAGCUCCUCUCUGCUCUUCGGGACGACGGUGCGGGACCAAGCACAAAGCCGACCCGCCUGCACGGCCGUGUGGCUCCUUCUCAUGUUCGAUUUUCAUGUUAAAAUGAAUUAUUGUGUAACUUCAACGCUACGGCACAUGCGUUUGUAUUAGCGGUGAAAUCUCUUCGUCAGUCUCAUCGCUGCAGUUUUCUGAGUAACGCUAACGCUGAACAUGCUAACUUCACCACGAUCACUUCCUAACGAGGCCUAACAUCACUUUAUAUACUCAGUCAUUUUAACAUCUUAAUGUUGGACUUACUCUAAUUUUGUAAAGUAAUACUGAGUGUGUGUGUGUGUGUGUGUGUGUGUGUGUGUGUGUGCGUGUGUGUGAGUGUGUGUGUGUGUGUGUGCGUGCGUGUGUGUGUGCGCGUGUGUGUGUUUAUGACUAACUUCAGCCAUGUAACGUGUCAUUGCAAUGCUUUAUGACAGCUUCAUGCCGUCUGUGUGAAGUGUUUUGUAUUUCUAUUUUAUUUAUGUAUUUAUGGAUCAUUCCUCUCGCUGCUGUGAUUUUAUUCAACACCACAUGAACACUUAACACUCAGCACUCAACACUCAACACUCAGCACUCAACACUCAGCACUCAACACUCAACACUC